AUGCCCCCACUCAGACAAACACCACCACUCCAACCACCCUCGAAUACAUACAACACCCUCCUCGACCUACAAACAAAAACCCUCGCGCCGCCUUCCACCCGCCACGACCCCUGGAAACGCAGCACAACAACAAUCGCCGCAAACACAAUCUCCAUCCCCUCCACCUACGGCCGCCAACACUCCUCCCCCAGCCCAGGCGUAAUAGCCGGCGCAGUCCUCGGCUCCGUCGCGGGAUUCCUCUUCCUCCUGUACCUGCUCUACCUAUCACUCACGUCAGGCCGCCGCUUCAGCGCAUCGACGAUUGUAGGUACAUCAACGACCCCAUCUGAAAUCGUCGAUGUGGGUAUUCGGCCGCGGCGCAGGCGCGGACCCGGCGGUGCAGGAGGAGGUGUCAACACGGUGAUUGUUGAAGAGAGCGUGACGGGGACGGGGAUUACGGAUUCUGCGGUCGACGAUGGGGGCGUUGUAGAGGUUGAGGAGGAGGAGAGCGUGAUUGACCCGCCGCCGAGUUCGAGGAGUGGGAGUCGAAGACAUCAUCGGCAUGGGCGGUAUCGGUCAAGGAGUCGGAGUACGAGUGAGAGUCGGGUUGGUGGUGGGGGGAGGGGAUAUAGGCGGGUUGAUCCGUCGGCGUAUGGGGGUGGGGAGAGUGAGUUCAGUGGGAGGUCUUGA